ACUUCAAUUCAUAACAUGUCUGUGAACCACUCGCUUCCUGGAAAUCUAUCGUUGAAUCAUUCGAGAGUCGAUAUCGCCGGUCUACUAGACGCUGUCGAAUUAAAUUUGAUUUGCGCCCGAACCAGUUUUUCCAAUCGUUCGCAGCAGCAGAGGGUGUCCAAAGUCCAUGGACAUCUUGGAGACUUGUCCCAACCGACUUCAUACUACUUUGAUACAGUCCAUAGCGACCUAACAAUGCUCUAAGAAGCUGGGCAUUCUAUCAGAGGUCGUUCAAUAAAGCCAGACGAAGUUAUCUAUCUAAUGAGGGAUUUUAUGAGCCAAUGGUCGCCGAGGCUCUUUGUAACUCGACUUUGGCGCGGAAUACCGCCCAACAUGUCAACAGAAGAUCUCAAACAACACGCAACCAGCACACACGACUUUUACGAACUCCUCGGCGUCUCAUACGAAACCAGCGAAGCAGACAUCAAACGCGCCUAUCGCAAGACCAGUCUCAAAUAUCACCCGGACAAAAAUCCCGGUAAUCUUAACAUCGUUGAGAAAUUCCACCUUAUCGGAAUAGCACGCGAUGUGCUUCUCAAUCCUGAAGCCAAGGCUCUCCACGACAAGACACGCAUCGCGCGCAUACAAAAGCAGCGACAGAAUGACCUGCUGGAAGGGAAGCGACGCACGAUGAAGGAGGAUUUGGAGAGGCGAGAGAGUGGAUUCAAGCGUAAAAGAGCAGAAGAGGAGGAUGAGCUUGAGCAGCAGGAGCGCGAUUUGAGAAGGUUGGCAGAGGAGGGUAGACGGAAGCGCAUGCAGAUGGAGCAUGAUAGGAAGAAGCGUGAUGAAGAGGAUGCAUCUAUUAUUGAGCAGCCGCCAAAUACGCACACACCUCAACAAGCACAAGCACCGGAGAUCGAGCGUCGCAUCUUCGUCCGAUUCUUAAGAGAAGGCGCAGGUCUCACAUACGAAGAGAAGAGUAUUACGGAUAUGUUCUCGCGCUUCGGGAGGAUUGAACAUGCAUUUGUCUUGCGUGAGAAGAAAACACGGCUCGCGGGCGAGAAGCACAAGAAGCUUGUUGCGACUGCUGCCAUCACAUUCGGGUCAGCGUUCUCAGCCCUCAGCGCACUGGAAGACGGCAAGGCGCUCUCUGAAUUGUUUGUCGAUAUCAGCGCUGGCAAUGUAGCGAGGACGGAGCUCGGAGCCGCGCCGUCUACACCAAUUGGUAGUCCGGCAUUGAACAGGUCAUUUCGGUCAUCUAUGGGGUCAGUGGGAGGUGUUGUUUCGACCACAACUUGCGAAGCAGAAUUGCCAGUGAGGCGUUUCAGCUCCCUACCACCCCCCGUAUGAAGUUACAAAGACUGUGAGACACACAGUGCAGACUUGGCAGAAAUCGAAGCAGUAAUGGCCAUCGGAAUGGCCAUCGGAUACCUUACGCAUUACCAGGUGUACGUGACUUACGAGCGAGAAUUUGAAUCCCGUAAUAGCGAUGGCACAGCCAACAGUGGAGACUAAUGAAAUCUUUGUGAUUGUCGAGAUAGUGGCAUGUUCAUACUCUGAAAGCCAAAGAAUCGCCGAAGGUCUUAUGAGAUAGUGUUAUGUUGUAUACAAUAGCCGAUCAAAUCCAAAGUUCCGCUCACGAUCUAUAGGUCCCAAACCAAACGCCGUUCCGCAGCGAAUGAAUGAAUUAUCAGUA